AUGGAAAUACCUAUUUUCAGAAAGAUCACCAACAUCAUUGUGCAUGAUGGGACAGCAUUCACCAGUCAGCAGCUGCUGGAACUGGAAAACCAGUUUAAGCUCAACAAGUACCUGUCCAGGCCUAAACGCUUUGAGGUGGCCACUUCUCUCAUGCUGACUGAGACUCAGGUAAAGAUCUGGUUCCAGAACAGACGCAUGAAGUGGAAGAGAAGUCGCAAAGCCAAAGAACAAGUAACCCCAACCUCCCUGACAGACACAGAAAGAACCGGGAUGGACAUACAGAGCAUGAAGCCUCAUGGUGGCUCUCACAGGUCGAGCAUGGAGGAUGAUGAUGAGAUUGAAGGGGAGGAUGAGGAUGAGAAAGAGGAGAUAGAGGUGCUGAGGGAAGGCUCCAUCAGCUUCACACGACAUGCAGGAAGAGGAACAGGGAACUACAGCUCUUACUCUGAGGAGGAGCUAGAGGAGGGAGACCGAGGAACACGGAGUGGGGUUUUCCCACAGUGAUAAACUUGAGCAUGCUUUUAUUAUAUGUCUUUUUUAUGUUUAUUGCUAUUGAAAUGACUUGGUGGCAUGAUGAGGAUCUUUCUUUUUUCAUGACCCAUUUCUUAGUCCCAUAUCUCUACCUGGACCUUCCACAUAAGCAGAGGAUGUUGAUUUCUGCACACUUGAUUAGGUAUGAUUAUUGCAUUAAACCAGGAUAGUCUUUAUGUACCUGGACAUUUAAUGGUUUAAUAGCCAGCAAUCCAUUCAUGAGUUAAGACUUCAAAAUCAACGAAUAGCUCCGGCUUAUAAUAUUUAACUGUAUGAUUACUAGUGAUUUAAAAAGUAUAGCAAUGUAAAGCCUGUGUCCCUGUUCGGUCACUGGCAAUACGACGAUUUAUUUAUAAAUGUACUUAGACUGUAUGAAUGGUUGGUAAUAGCACUUUCAAGGAAAAUAUCUUGAA